AUGAGCGCGCCGGGCGGGAAGGCGGCGCGGCCGGCGGCGCUGGUGGAGCCGGCCCGGGCGGCGGCGGCGGCGGCGGCGGCGGGGGGGAAGGAGGUGCCGAAGGUGCUCGUGGAUCCCCGCACCCGGCGCAGCUUCGUGCGCGGGCGGUUCCUGGGCAAGGGCGGCUUCGCGCGGUGCUACGAGCUGGCCGAGGCCGAGAGCCGGGAGGUGUUCGCGGGGAAGGUGGUGCCCAAGUCGCUGCUGGUGAAGCCGCACCAGAAGGAGAAGAUGUCCAUGGAGAUCGCUAUCCACCGCAGCCUCUCCCACCGCCACGUCGUCGGCUUCCAGGGCUUCUUCGAGGACGACGACUUCGUCUACGUCGUGCUGGAGCUCUGCCGCCGCCGGUCGCUGCUGGAGCUGCACAAGCGGCGGAAGGCGCUGAGCGAGCCCGAGGUGCGGUACUACCUGCGGCAGACCAUCCUGGGCUGCCAGUACCUGCACAACCACCGUGUCAUCCACCGCGACCUCAAGCUGGGCAACCUCUUCCUUAGUGACGACAUGGAGGUUAAGAUCGGUGACUUUGGCCUGGCCACCAAGGUAGAGUACGAUGGGGAACGCAAGAAGACCCUGUGUGGGACACCAAACUACAUCGCCCCAGAGGUGCUGGGCAAGAAGGGGCACAGCUUCGAGGUGGACAUCUGGUCCAUUGGCUGCAUCAUGUACACUCUGCUGGUGGGGAAACCGCCUUUUGAGACUUCUUGCCUGAAGGACACGUACAUCCGGAUCAAGAAGAACGAGUACACCAUUCCCAAGCACAUCAACCCCGUGGCCGCAAACCUCAUCCAGAAGAUGCUGAGGUCAGACCCCGCCACGCGCCCGACCGUCGACGAGCUGCUGAACGACGAGUUCUUCACCUCGGGGUACCUGCCCAGCCGCCUGCCCACCAGCUGCCUCACCAUCGCUCCCCGCUUCUCCCUGGCUCCCAGCAGCCUGGAGCUCAGCGGGCGGAAGCCGCUGACCGCGCUCAAUAAAGGACUGGACAGCCCUGCCCAGGAGCCCUUGCUGGAGAAGGAGGAGGCAGCGGGGCUGCGGGAGGUGGGAGAUGCUGUCAGCUGCCACCUGGCUGACAUGUUGCAGCAGCUGACUGCAGUCAAUGCAGCCAAGCCCUCGGAGCGAGUAGCAGUGAGGCAAGAAGAAGCUGAGGACCCGGCCUGCAUUCCCAUCUUCUGGGUUAGCAAAUGGGUGGACUACUCGGAUAAAUAUGGACUCGGUUACCAGCUCUGUGACAACAGCGUUGGGGUUCUCUUCAAUGACUCCUCUCGGCUCAUCAUGUACAACGAUGGGGACAACCUGCAGUACAUUGAGCAGAACAACACUGAGUCCUACUUCACUGUGAGGUCCUACCCCUCUAACCUCAACAAGAAGAUAACACUACUGAAGUACUUCCGGAAUUACAUGAGCGAGCACUUGCUGAAGGCGGGGGCGAACAUCACACCACGGGAAGGGGACGAGCUGGCCCGGCUGCCCUACCUGUGCACCUGGUUCCGGACCCGCAGCGCCAUCAUCCUGCACCUCAGCAACGGCACCGUGCAGAUCAACUUCUUCCAGGACCACACCAAGAUCAUCCUGUGCCCUCUCAUGGCUGCUGUGACAUACAUAGAUGAGAAACGGGACUUCAGCACGUACAAGCUGAGCCUGAUCGAGGAGCACGGCUGCUGCCGCGAGCUGGCCAGCCGCCUGCGCUACGCACGCACCAUGGUGGAGAAGCUCCUCAGCUCCAAGUCUGGCUCGGGCCGGGUGAAAUCUUCCUCCUAG